UGUAUUUUCUUCUCUUAAAUUUUAUUUGUAGGCUGAAAUGGAGCAAAUACAAACUCAAGAAAGUGAAGAUGAUAACCAAUCAAUUGACCCAUUUGCAACAGUCAUGGGACCUGAACACCCAGGUCGCAUAAGGUUGUAUGGUCGUGGGGUUACAAAGACUAUCUUGAAACAAAAAUCUGGAAAUUCUGGACCCUCUUCAAAGACUACUGAUGAGAUAAUGGAGCAAAAAUUGAAGGAAAUGGAAGAGAGAAUGCAGCAAAGGAUGCAGAAAAACUUCGAGGAACAACAGGAAACUUGGCGGCAACAAAUUACACUUAAUGUUGUUGCACAACUUCAGCAUAUUAACCCAGAUUUACGAAUUGAUCCUAAUAUGCUAGCAUUCGGUGGUCGUUCACUCGGAGAAGCUUCCUCUGCACAACAAGCUGCAAUUCAACUAAUCAAUCGUCCAUCUACUGGCAGUACUAAUCAAGACCAACAUCUGCUUGGAAAUGCCACCAGUCCAACAUGCCAUGUACAGACUUUAGAAGAAGACAACAGGCCACCCACAUCCAAUGCAUUGCAGACAGUUCUUGUGGCCACUCAUAAGCAGCAAAAAAGAAAAUGA